UCCUGCUCUUCUCGGUGGUCGGUUUUAAUCGCGAUUGCAUUUUAAUCCUGUGUCCCGGUCUGCAGCCGAAGUUACCGCUUUGAACGGGUUUUAUAUCUGGUUGUCAAUUGUGCGCCGAUUGCAUCCUCCGUUCAAAGUCAUCUUUGCAGUUACUUUUCGCAACUCGCGUGUGUAGUUUUACAGGUGCUAACAGUUAGUUAUAAUCUGUUAUUUCAAAGGAAGCGAACGGGUUUCUUGCCGUGGCAGUGCGGGAGAAAAGCAAAUAGUCUGGUGUGCUGCAAUCCCUCCAGCAAAUGGUGCUUUGAGAGUAGCGGAAGAAGAUUUGUUAAAACGAAACAAGUGUGAAAUCGUGCUUCGGAGUGAAAUCCAACCCUCUGUGAUCAGCCUUGAUUGCAGCUGCUGGUAGCAUCCUUGCCCCCGGUCACAAGCCGACCACCUGCGACCACUACCCAGUUUUCGCGUCACUACCUCCAGCCCAGCACGUCGACGAUUCUCCCAAAGUACGGAAGAAACCGCCGGCCUCACGAUGAACGUCGAAAUCACGCCCAACUACUCGUACAUCUUCGACUUCGAGAAUGAGUUCAUCCACCAGGACACGCGCGUGUGGAUGGUGAAGAACUGGACCUACGUGUUCUACUACUGCGGCAUCUACAUGGCGGUGAUCUUCGGUGGCCAGUACUAUAUGCAAAAUAGGCCAAGAUUUGAACUGCGAGGGCUGCUAGCGAUAUGGAACACACUGCUAGCCAUGUUCAGCAUAAUGGGUGCCUGCCGGACAGCGCCCGAGCUGGUCCACGUCCUGCGACACUACGGGCUUUUCCACUCCGUCUGCAUUCCUAGCUUCAUCGAGCACGACCGUGUCAGUGGUUUCUGGACAUGGUUGUUCGUCCUGUCGAAGCUGCCGGAACUGGGCGACACGGUGUUCAUCGUCCUGCGGAAACAGCCGCUCAUCUUCCUGCACUGGUACCACCACAUCACGGUGCUGAUGUACUCGUGGUUCUCGUACACGGAGUACACCGCCUCGGCCCGGUGGUUCAUCGUGAUGAACUACUGCGUCCACUCGGUGAUGUACUCGUACUACGCGCUGCGCGCCCUCAACUUCAAGCCGCCCCGCUCGAUCGCCAUGCUGAUCACGACGCUGCAGCUGACGCAGAUGGUGGUCGGCUGUGCGAUCAACAUCUGGGCCCACGGAUUCCUGCAGACGGCCGGCAAAAACUCGUGCAACAUCUCCGAGAUGAACAUCAAGCUCUCGAUCGCGAUGUACUUCAGCUACUUCGUGCUGUUCGCGCGCUUCUUCUACAAAACCUACCUCUCGACUAACGCGCGCAAGGGCAAGCGACCGAUCCAGGUGACGGCGUCCUCGACCGCCACCAGCGGCCAGUACAUCAGCUCCUCCGCGAGCAACGGCAAGUCGGACGUGCAGGCGCUGCUGGCCGGCCAGGCGACCAGCAAGAUCAAGGCACAGUAAACGGCCGCACCGAGGUCUGUUUUGGCCCGAUCUUCUGCACCACCCUGCGGUCCAUCAGCGGCGGCAAUUCAGCGCUUGACGUCCUUUUCUCCCUGCCUCUUCUGCUUCAUCUUAUAUUUAUCAACCAAGUUUGGCCACACGCGCUGCAGCUCUGAUCAACCAUAUUCUCUGGUGCUUGUGUGGGCGACAAAUUAGUGGCGUCGUCUCCCCCAUUCCUUUCAUCUCUGCCACUGCUACUCAAGUAGCGUUGUUGAGGCCGCUAUGGGAUGGGAGGAUCUACGUGGCCACUACAACCAUUUCCUCAAAUCCUCCCGGUUGGCGAUGACCGCUUAGAGCACAAUUCCAUAGAUGAUAAAUUCGCUCAACGUAAGGUCGGGAUACUAGGGUUAAUAAUUAAGACACCGGGACACCACCCCUCCCCCCAUUCCGCCGGGUGUUAUCCAGGUUAAACUUUCACCAACUAUGACGAACGUCCACCAACACGACAAUGUACAACCACCACUACCACCACCACCAUCUGCGCACGACUCCGUCAUUUGAGAUCGCACAUAAACAAAAAUGAUGCUAAUUCCAAAAAGAAAACCAUCCUCCCCUUUUGGCAAAGGAAACCUGCAAAAAAGCAAUAUCGCCACUUCGGGUGCCGUAAUUGUGGCUAUAUAUAAGCUUAGUUUUGGUGCAGCUUGUUUCUCUUGGAAAUUAAAAUGGCUUGCGGAGGGUACCAGGGAGAAAAUGACAGCUACUAUAUUUGGCCGCCAAAGGAUUCAACGGCCCACAGACACACAUAUAGACACAUUUACGCAACAAAAAUAUCCUGGACGGGAUAUGUUAUUGGACAUCAGCAAAGUUAAGUGACAACUACUUCGGCUUAAAAAGCAAACAAAAAACAUCCCAUCCGUGGUGAAACGUUACUUGAAUGGGGUGGGAAUGGGAAAGGCAACCUAUCGGGGAAGGAAGGACUGUUUAAGUUAGUGUACAUCUUAUGGUAGUUGCUACUCUUUUUGUUUCUUUUUAUUUGUUUAUAUUUUUCUUUUGUUCCAUUUUUCUUCUCUCUGUGUUGUAUCAUUUCUGGGAGUUAGAUAUAUAUAUAGUGAAAGUAAUAAUACUUGUACAGAGGUGUGAAAGCGAAGCUGAACUAUGAAGAAUUUGUAAGGUUUUUGAUUUUCGUCCGGAAAAUAAACUAUCUUUAAGUAGGGAAGGAGGAGGCGAGAUUUCCAUCGAACACAGUUGAAAAGGAAAGGAG